GAAUGGUAGCAUCAACCUUCAAGAAAAUAUUCACCCUACUAUCUUUUUUCUUGUUUGUUCAUCAUGUGGUUUUAUCAUCAAAUGUUGCUUCUGCCAGAGAAGCUACUGCUCUUCUCAAAUGGAAAAAUACCCUUUCAAACAAAACUUGCCUACAUACAUGGACUUCUCUUCCCAAUGCUUCUACAUAUUCAAACGGCAGUACAGACCCCUGUACUUGGUUUGGUAUUUCUUGCAAUCCUGCUGGAAGUGUUGUCAGAAUGAAUCUUACUAGCUCUGGCUUACAAGGUACACUUCUUGGAUUUUCUUUUUUGUCUUUUCCAAAUCUCGCUUAUCUUGAUCUCUCUGAGAACACUUUAUUCGGGAACAUUCCGCGUCAAAUUAGCAACUUGUCUAAACUCAUCUAUCUUGAUUUGUCUGUUAACCUAUUGUCAGGAAAAAUCCCACCGGAAAUAGGUCACCUAAGCCUUCUAGCCAAGCUUAUUCUUUCCAAAAACCGUUUAGAAGGUCACAUCCCAAGUUCUUUAGGAAAUUUGAGAAAUCUUACCAUUCUGUAUGUCUCUAGAAAUAAUCUUUCUGGCUCCAUUCCUGAAGAAACUGGUCGCCUAAACUCUCUAACCCAACUUAGUCUUUACAAAAACAGUCUAGAAGGUUUCAUUCCUACUUCUUUAGGAAAUUUGAGAAAUCUUACCAUUCUGUAUCUUUGGAAAAAUAAAUUUUCUGGCUCCAUUCCUGAAGAAAUAGGCCGCCUAGACUCUCUAGUCGAGCUUAGUCUUUUUCAAAACCGUUUAGAAGAUCACAUCCCUACUUCUUUAGAAAACUUGAGAAAUCUUAUCAUUCUGUAUCUUAGCGAAAAUAAUCUUUCUGGCUCCAUUCCUAAAGAAAUAGGUCGCCUAAAUUCUCUAACCGAGCUUGAUCUUUCCCUAAACCGUUUAGAAGGUCACAUCCCUACUUCUUUAGGAAAUUUGAGAAAUCUUACCACUUUGUACAUCUAUCAAAAUCAACUCUCUGGCUCCAUUCCUAAAGAAUUAGGUCACCUAAAUUCUCUAACAUAUCUUGCACUUGACAAAAACCAACUUCAAGGUCCGAUUCCACAUUCGUUUGCUAAUUUGAGCAAUUUACAAGAAUUGCAUCUUCGUGAUAACCGACUUUCUGGUCCCAUCCCACAAGGAAUUGGAGGUUCCAUGAACAUGAAAAGCUUGCAACUUAGCAGAAACCAAUUUACAGGCUCCUUGCCUGAAAGUAUUUGUCAUGGUGGUUCACUUCAGAAUUUUUCAAUAUUCAACAACGGUUUCAGAGGUCAAGUUCCGCAAAGCCUCAAAAAUUGCACGAGCUUAAAGAGAGUCUUCUUGAAUGGAAACCAACUCACUGGAGAUAUAUCUCAAGUCUUUGGUGCCUAUCCAAACUUAACCAUCAUAGAUUUAAGCCACAAUAACUUUUAUGGCAAGAUCUCAAGUAAGUGGGGGCAAUGUCUAAAACUAGGGACUCUAAAAAUGAGUGGGAACAACAUUAGCGGUAGCAUACCACCCGAGAUUGGAAAUUGGAUUCAACUGCAUGUGCUUGAUCUUUCUUUAAAUCAUAUAGUUGGGGAAAUUCCAAAGGAACUCAGAAAGUUGACUUCUCUAGAGAAGUUGUGGUUGAAUGGAAAUCAUCUCUCUGGUUCUAUACUUGUAGAAUUCGACUCAUUGUCCAAUCUCGAAUUUCUAGACAUAUCCUCGAACAAAUUGUGCAAGUCACUUCCACGUAAUUUUGGGAAUGGCUUCUCAAAAUUAUACCACUUGAAUUUAAGCCAUAACAAUUUCAGUGAAGAACUUCCUAUCUCACUUAUGAGCUUAUUUCAGCUCUCGAAAUUAGAUUUAAGCUAUAACUCUUUAAUUGGAGAGAUACCGUCAGAAAGCAGCAAAAUGCAAAGUUUGGAGGUGCUCAAUCUCUCUCACAAUCAUCUUUCUGGUGUUAUUCCGACUACCUUUCAAGAAAUGCAUGGCUUGUUGCAUGUUGACGUAUCCUACAAUGAGUUACACGGCCUCAUUCCCAAUAGUAAAGCAUUUUUAGAUGCUCCCUUGGAAGCCUUGCAAGGUAACAAGGGAUUGUGCGGUAAUGUUAAAGUGAUGCCCCCAUGCAAACAUUUAUCAAAAAGAGGCCACAAAGUCGUGUUCGUAAUUAUUUUCCCUCUUUUGGGAUCACUUUUGGUUUUGUUUGUUUUCUUCCAAGUUCUUCUCAUUUUGCAAAGAAGAAAGAAAGAUCAACACCUCCAACUAGAACAAAGCGACAAGGAUGAAGGAGGAUUUCUUUUUGUGUCAAGCACUUUUGAUGGAAGAAAAAUGUAUGAAGAGAUCAUGAGAGCAACCGAAGCGUUCAAUGAGAUAUAUUGCAUUGGGAAGGGAGGAUACGGAAUAACAUACAAAGCAAAAUUGUCAUCAGGUGAUAUGGUAGCUGUGAAGAAACUCCACCAACUACUUGACAAUGAGAAAAGAUCCCAAAAGGCAUUCUUAAAUGAGAUAAAGGCAUUAACAAAAAUACGACAUCGAAAUAUCGUCAAACUUCAUGGCUUCUGUUCGCAUGCACGACAUUCGUUUUUGGUUUAUGAAUAUUUGGAAAUGGGUAGUUUGGCAAGAAUGUUAGAGAAUGAAGAAGAUGCUAAAGAAUUGGAGUGGAGUAAGAGGUUGAAUGUUGUCAAAGGCGUGGCUUAUGCCUUGUCUUACAUGCACCAUGAUUGCUCACCACCAAUAAUUCAUCGAGAUAUCAAAAGUAACAACAUCUUGUUGGAUUCUCAAUUUGAGGCCCAUGUUUCAGAUUUUGGCACUGCUAAGAUUCUAGAGCCAGAUUCAUCUAAUUGGACUUCCCUUGCAGGCACGUACGGAUAUAUUGCACCAGAACUUGCUUAUACAAUGAAGAUAACCGAGAAAUGUGAUGUAUAUAGCUUUGGUGUGUUGGCAUUAGAAGUGAUAAUGGGAAAGUAUCCAGGUGAUUUCAUCUCCUCAGUUAAGUCAUCUAAUCCAUCAAUUGAGAUGAGUAUUCAAUUGAAAGAUGUGUUUGACCAACGCCUUCCAUUUCCAAUGCCCCAAGUUGAGGUCGAGCUCAUAAGGGUUGCAGAGAUUGCUACUGAAUGUUUAAAUGACCUUCCAGAAUCCAGGCCGACUAUGCACAUGAUUUCUAAAGUAUUAGUAGCAGCCCAAGCCCCAAAUUGCAGUCUCCAGCUAGAGCCAUCUAAGCCAUCUUUUAAAUGAAGUUGUAACAAGAAAGUCAUGUUCAAGAAGACUUAUUAAUUAUAUUUUGUGUGCUGGUUCAAUAUUUUCUUUUUACCUAGCAACCAUCUUUUGCAGUGUCGUUUUUAAGUGAAAUGUUGUGUACUUCUCAAGUGUUACAUCAAAAAGAUUAAAAAAAAUAAAGAA